CGUGAUACAAACCAUAGUUGCGUGAAUGAAGCAUGUCGUCCCUCGUGCACGUUUUAUAAUCACAUUAAACUCCGCCGGUUUUGUAAAUAUGUUACAAGUUAUCGGGUUAAGUUUACAAGCUGUGUGAUUACAGCUUACAGCGCUGAUAUCAUUUCGAUUACAAUACGAUAGUUUUGACGUUUAACAUUCGACAACCAGUCGCCUUAUAAUACGUUGGCGGGAAGACGUUUUUUUUUAUAUUUUUUAAAUCACGGUGAAUAGUGUUGUGAUGUGAUUGAAUACGUUGAACUAUUAAGUAAUUAAUGUUAAUUUUGGAAUAUUUUCUGGGGAUUGUUUUAAUUUAUAUCAUUAGAUUAUUCAUUCAAACAAUAUAUCAAGAGAAUAAUCAAGCAGGAGGGAUGGCGGAGCGGGAGCAGGCGGGGCAAGAUGAACAGCAGGCGCGGUGCUCCUCCAGCGAGAGCGACAACUUCGAGAAGAUCGAUUCCACAGAUGUUGCUGAGAGCAGUGGCGAGCCAAAGUUCAUAGUUGGCGAUGAAGUGGUGGAGGAGCCGGAAGACGAGGGCCCUUCCCACGAGGGCAGGGAUUCUUUCCCCAACGCACCUCCUCCCAACAUCAGGAGAAUGCUGACGCCGGCACAGCAGCUUGCGCUAGCCGAGAAGAGAAGCAAACUAAGGCCAUCAAUGUCCCAGGGCACAGUCAUCCAUAGCCAUCGUUUCCAAGAGAAGGACUUCACAGUCGCCACACCUGAAGAAUUUGUGAGGAGAUUCCAAGGGACAAAACCUAUUAAUAAAGUGUUGAUAGCAAACAACGGUAUUGGUGCAGUAAAAUGUAUGCGUUCUAUCAGAAGAUGGUCCUACGAAAUGUUUCGCAACGAACGCGCUGUACGCUUCGUUGUUAUGGUGACACCGGAGGACUUAAAAGCGAAUGCAGAGUAUAUAAAGAUGGCGGACCACUACGUGCCGGUUCCCGGCGGCUCUAACAACAACAACUACGCUAAUGUUGAACUGAUUGUUGAUAUCGCUGUUAGGACACAAGUACAAGCAGUGUGGGCGGGCUGGGGCCACGCGUCGGAGAACCCCAAGCUGCCGGAGCUGCUGCACCGCGCGGGCGUGGUGUUCAUAGGCCCGCCGGAGAAGGCGAUGUGGGCUCUGGGAGAUAAGAUCGCCUCCUCCAUUGUCGCACAGACGGCGGAUAUACCAACGCUGCCUUGGAGUGGGAGUGAACUGAAGGCCCAGUACAACAGCAAGAAGAUCAAGAUAUCCUCGGAGCUGUUCGGCAAAGGCUGCGUGUCCUCGCCGGAGCAGGGCCUGCAGGCUGCCCACAAGAUUGGUUUCCCCGUGAUGAUCAAGGCAUCCGAAGGAGGAGGUGGUAAAGGUAUCCGGAAGGUGGAGAACCCCGACGACUUCGGCAACAUGUUUCGACAGGUGCAAGCGGAGGUGCCAGGCUCUCCCAUCUUCGUGAUGAAGCUGGCCAAGUCCGCAAGACAUCUGGAGGUUCAGCUCUUGGCUGAUCAAUAUGGCAAUGCGAUAUCCCUGUUCGGUCGCGACUGCUCCAUCCAGCGCCGGCACCAGAAGAUCAUAGAGGAGGCGCCCGCCGCCGUCGCCAGGCCCGAGGUCUUCAUUGAGAUGGAGAAGGCGGCUGUACGUCUAGCCAAGAUGGUGGGGUACGUAAGCGCGGGCACAGUGGAGUAUUUAUACGAGCAGGCGACCGGCGCCUACUACUUCCUGGAGCUGAACCCUCGCCUGCAGGUGGAGCAUCCCUGCACGGAGAUGGUGGCCGACGUGAACCUGCCCGCUGCGCAGCUGCAGAUAGCGAUGGGUCUGCCGCUGUACCAGAUCAAGGAUAUCCGGCUGCUGUACGGGGAGUCCCCCUGGGGAAUGUCGCAGAUCAGCUUCGAUGAGCCGAAGCAGCGGCCCUCGCCCUGGGGACAUGUCAUCGCAGCCAGGAUCACAUCGGAGAACCCUGAUGAAGGUUUCAAGCCGUCGUCCGGCACGGUGCAGGAGCUGAACUUCAGGUCGUCGAAGAACGUGUGGGGCUACUUCAGCGUGGCGGCGUCGGGCGGCCUGCACGAGUUCGCCGACUCGCAGUUCGGACACUGCUUCUCCUGGGGCGAGACCAGGGAGCAGGCCAGGGAGAACCUGGUGAUAGCGCUGAAGGAGUUGAGCAUCCGCGGUGACUUCCGCACCACGGUGGAGUACCUCAUUACGCUGCUGGAGACGCCCGCCUUUCAGGAGAACUACAUUGAUACCAGCUGGCUCGACGCACUCAUCGCUGAGAGGGUACAAUCAGAGAAGCCGGAUGUGAUGCUGGGCGUCAUCUGCGGCUCCAUCCUCAUCGCUGACAGCAUCAUCACAACGCACUUCCAGGAGUUCAAGAGUGCGUUAGAAAAAGGUCAGAUCCAGGCGUCAGGCGCGCUGUCCAACUGCGUGGAGGUGGAGCUGAUCCACUCGGGGCACAAGUACCGCGUGCAGGCCACCAAGUCCGGACCCACCUCCUACUUCCUCGCCAUGAACGGUAGCUUCAAGGAGCUGGAGGUCCAUAAACUGACGGAUGGAGGUACAUUACUAUCGAUGGAUGGAGCUUCAUACACCACAUAUCUAAAAGACGAGGUGGACAAGUACCGCAUUGUCAUCGGCAACCAGACGGUGGUGUUCGAGAAGGAGAAAGACCCCUCAAAGCUUCGCGCACCUUCCGCUGGGAAGCUCAUCAAUACACUGGUCGAAGACGGCGGACAUGUGGACAAGGGACAGCCGUAUGCGGAAAUAGAGGUGAUGAAAAUGGUGAUGACGCUGAUGGCGCCCGAGGCGGGCAAGGUGACAUGGACGCUGCGGCCCGGCGCCGUGCUGGACAUGGGCGCCCUCAUCGGCACUCUCGAGUUAGAUGACCCGUCCCUGGUGACGACGGCGCAGCCCUACAAGGGGCAGUUCACCCUGGAGGACAACCCCCACCUCUCGGAGAAGCUGAACCACGCCCACAAUAAGUUCAGAGCUAUAUUAGAAAACACGCUGUCCGGUUACUGCCUACCCGAGCCGUACAACACGCCGCGGUUGCGCGAAGUCGUGGAGAAGUUCAUGCAGAGUUUGAGAGACCCUUCACUCCCAUUGCUGGAGUUACAAGAGGUGCUGUCGUCGACGUCAGGUCGCAUUCCAGUGGCUGUGGAGAAGAAGGUGCGGAAACUGAUGGCGCUGUACGAGCGUAACAUCACGAGUGUACUGGCGCAGUUCCCAAGCCAGCAGAUCGCAAGCGUCAUAGACCAUCACGCGGGUUCACUGGCGAAGCGCGCGGACCGGGACGUGUUCUUCAUGAGCACGCAAGCUCUGGUGGUGCUGGUGCAGAGAUACAGGAAUGGUAUACGAGGCAGAAUGAAGGCAGCGGUACACGACUUACUCAAGCAAUACUAUCAAGUAGAGAGUAACUUCCAACUUGGUUCAUACGACAAAUGCGUGAUGGCGCUGCGGGACCGCUACAAGGACGACAUGCAAGCGGUCGCUAAUAUUAUUUUCUCACACAACCAAGUAUCCAAGAAAAAUCUACUGGUGACGUUACUGAUAGACCACUUGUGGUCCAACGAGCCCGGGCUGACCGACGAGCUGGCGGCCACGCUCAACGAGCUGACGUCACUGCACCGCGCCGAGCACAGCCGCGUCGCACUGCGCGCACGACAGGUGCUGAUAGCCGCGCACCAGCCGGCCUACGAGCUGCGUCACAACCAGAUGGAGUCCAUCUUCCUCAGCGCCGUCGACAUGUACGGACACGACUUCCACCCUGAGAACCUGCAGAAGCUCAUCCUCUCCGAGACCUCCAUCUUCGAUAUACUGCACGACUUCUUCUACCACACUAAUGCAGCGGUGUGUAACGCGGCGCUGGAGGUGUACGUGCGGCGCGCCUACACCUCGUACGAGAUCACCUGCCUGCAGCACCUCGCGCUCUCCGGGGAGCUGGGCGUCGUGCACUUCCAGUUCGUGCUGCCCACCGGGCACCCCAACAGGAUCCCUAUCAGCCAAUCAGAGAUCGAGCUAUCAUCAGCCCAGGACGCGGAGGGUGUGCCGGCGGAGCUGAGCGCGGCCGCCAUGCGCAAGUGUCACCACCGCACAGGAGCCCUCGCGGCAUUCCUCUCCUUCGAGCAGUUCGCACAGUACGCGGAUGAACUGCUGGACCUGGUGCAUGAUUUCGCCAGCUCCGCUACUGUUAGAAAAGAGGAUUUACAAGCGCUGCAAGAUGGCAGCGAAAGUCGCGAGAGUACCAGCAUUAAUGUGGGAAUGGACUACAAGCAGAUUGUAGAUGCGACUGAUGUGCCGUUAGAGCCUAUCCAUAUUUUAAUGAUCGGUGUCCGAGAUAACGGUGAGAUCGACGACGUGGCCGCGUCGCGUCGCUUCGGCAGCUUCUGCCGCGCGCACAGACACGACCUGCACUCCAAGAGGAUACGACGGAUCACCUUCAUGCUGCUCAUCAAACGUCAGUUCCCGAAGUUCUUCACGUACCGUGCGCGGAACGACUUCACCGAGGACACGAUCUACCGGCACCUGGAGCCCGCCUCCGCCUUCCAGCUGGAGCUGUACCGCAUGCGCAGCUACGACCUGGAGGCGCUGCCCACCAGCAACCAGAAGAUGCACCUCUACCUCGGCAAGGCGAAGGUGAAAAAAGGCCAGGAAGUGACCGACUACAGAUUCUUCAUCCGAUCCAUCAUCAGGCACCAGGACCUAAUCACCAAGGAGGCCAGCUUUGAAUAUCUACAGAAUGAAGGCGAAAGGGUACUGCUUGAAGCCAUGGAUGAGCUGGAGGUGGCGUUCUCCCACCAGCUGGCGAAGCGCACUGACUGUAACCAUAUCUUCCUCAACUUUGGACCCACAGUCAUCAUGGACCCUGCCAAGAUUGAAGAGUCAGUACUGGGCAUGGUGAUGCGGUACGGCCCUCGACUGUGGAAACUCAGGGUGUUGCAAGCUGAGAUACGCUUCACAUUAAGGAUGGGUACAAAUUUCCUUGCAGGUCCCGGAGCGCCGACUAAAAACGUCCGUCUUUGUCUCUCAAAUGGAUCCGGUUACUCUCUAGAUAUUUACACGUAUGAAGAAAUCUCAGAUCCUAGGACUGGUGUGAUAAUGUUCCACUCGUAUGGUGCCCGUCAAGGGCCGAUGCACGGACUGCCGAUCUCCACACCAUAUGUCACCAAGGACUACCUGCAGCAGAAGAGGUUCCUGGCGACAUCUCAAGGCACAACCUACGUGUACGACAUCCCGGACAUGUUCCGGCAGACCAUAGAGAAGCGCUGGCGGGAGUGCAUAGAGGAGGGCAGUGUCGAUGGUCCGGUGCCGGAUAAUGUGAUGACGUCAGUGGAGCUGGUGCUGGAGCCUGAUGGAGAUAGACACGUCGUUGAAGUCACACGACUGCCCGGGCAGAAUACUGUGGGUAUGGUUGCAUGGCGUCUAACCCUGCUGACGCCGGAGUGCCCUUGUGGUCGUGAUGUGGUCCUUAUAGCCAACGACCUGACACACUACAUGGGGUCAUUUGGACCUCAGGAGGACUGGCUCUUCUACCGCGCAUCGCAUUAUGCACGACAACAUAAUAUACCUAGGAUUUACGUGAGCGUGAACUCGGGAGCUCGUAUCGGUGUGGCGGAGGAGGUUAAGUCGGAGUUCAACGUCGCCUGGCUAGACGCUGAGAGACCUGAGAGAGGUUUCAAGUAUUUAUACUUGACCCCGGAGGCGUAUUCGCGGUUAGGUCCGCUAGGGUCAGUGAAAACCCAGCUUAUUGAUGACGAAGGCGAGGCUCGCUACAAGAUUACUGACAUUAUUGGUAAAGAGGAUGGUCUUGGUGUGGAGUGUCUGCGGGACGCGGGGCUGAUCGCGGGAGAGACCGCCCAGGCUUACGAGGAUAUCGUCACCAUCUCCAUCGUUACCUGCAGGGCUAUCGGCAUCGGAUCAUACGUCGUCAGGUUGGGCCACCGCGUCAUCCAGGUGGAUUCUUCAUACAUCAUCCUGACUGGAUACGCGGCGCUGAACAAGGUGCUGGGCCGCGCGGUGUACGCCAGCAACAACCAGCUCGGCGGGGUUCAGAUAAUGCACAACAAUGGCGUCACGCACGCGGUCGCGCCCACAGACCUGGAGGCAGUCAGGACCGCGCUCAGGUGGCUCUCCUACGUGCCCAAGGACAAGCUGAGCAUGGUGCCGAUAAUGCGUUGCGCGGACCCCGUGGACCGCGACGUGGAGUGGGUGCCGCCGCGCUCCGCGCACGACCCUCGCCUCAUGCUGACAGGAGACGCGCACAGACCAGGAUUCUUCGAUGCUGGCUCCUUCGAUGAGAUAAUGAGACCCUGGGCUCAGACUGUCAUCGCUGGUCGUGCAAGACUGGGCGGUAUCCCAGUGGGCGUGAUCGCGGUGGAAACUCGCACGGUGGAGUUCACUCUGCCCGCGGACCCUGCCAACCUCGACUCUGAGUCUAAGACAAUGCAGCAAGCGGGACAGGUGUGGUUCCCCGACUCAGCUUAUAAAACGUCACAAGCUAUAAACGAUUUCUCCCGUGAAAACCUGCCCAUUAUCAUCUUCGCAAAUUGGCGUGGGUUCAGUGGUGGACAGAAAGACAUGUACGAGCAAAUCUUGAAGUUCGGUGCGGAGAUAGUCCGCGCACUCCGCGGUGCUACUGCCCCCGUGUUAGUGUACAUCCCGCCGGGAGCUGAGGUGCGCGGCGGCGCCUGGGCCGUCAUAGACCCCAGUGUCAACUCACAGCAUAUGGAGAUGUACGCAGACCCUGACGCAAGGGGUGGUGUGCUGGAGGCGGAGGGUAUAGUGGAGGUGAAGUUCAAGCAGCGAGACAUCCUCAAGACGAUGCACCGCAUCGACCCUGAGUUGCUGCGGCUCGGAGCCAGAAUCUCAGAAAUGAAGGAGCAAAUGAAGGAAAUAUCGAAGAAUCUAGAUAGAAGAGGGUCUAUAGAUGAUGUACUAAUCAGAACCGACGCCGGAAAGCAAGCGGAGAGUAAAGUCCGCGAGUUGGAGACAGAUCUGCUCGCGGCGGAGAAGACUGUAAAAGCAAGAGAAAAGGAAUUAAGUCCUAUAUAUCACGAGAUAGCUGUACAAUUCGCAGAGUUACACGACACAGCGGAGAGAAUGUUGGAAAAGGGUUGUAUAUUUGACAUAAUCCCGUGGCGCAAGUCGCGGCGGCUGCUGCACUGGCGGCUGCGGCGGCUGCUGCGGCAGAAGGCGCAGGAGCGGCGCGUGCAGGCGGCCGUGCUGCCCGCCACGCACAUGGACCAGGGCGCCGCCGCCGCCACGCUGCGCCGCUGGUUCACCGAGGACCGCGGGGAGACGCAGUCCCACCAAUGGGAGCACGACAACGAGGCGGUGUGCAAGUGGCUGGAGGCGCAGGCGGGUGCAGAGGACUCGCUGCUGGAGCGCAACCUGCGCGCCAUCAAGCAGGACGCCGUGCUGCAGGCCUGCAACACACUCGUCAUGGAGCUGACGCCAUCACAACGCGCGGAGUUUGUACGGAAACUGACAGCUUUAGAAAUGGAACAAUAGACAAUUUAGUGUUAAAAAUGGAACAAAUCAACAUAUGCAUGUUUUUAUAUGAGUAUGUUCGCUUGGCUGUGUACAUUUUAUACUAUGUCGGUUAAAAUUAUACUUUAAAUCUGGG